AUGAGUGACAAUCAUAAGGAAGUGCAAGAGCUGGUGGCUGGAGACGACGUCCAAAAUAAUCCAGAGCAGCAGCCAGUGGAAACAAACGAAACAGGAGAAAUUGUUCAUAGAGACGUAAAUGAUUUAAAUCUGGAGGAGACGAAUGAGGAGUCUGGGGAAAUGAAUGAACAAACCAAUGUUGGCGAUUUGGGAGCCGACGAGUCCCCAGAAUUUGGUACAGGGCCCAUGGACUGGGAGCCACUUGACCAGGAAAACAGUAAUAUUCCACAGGUCAACUUAACCACUGAAAACCAAGAAAAUGAGGUGCCUUUGGUUCCUGGAUUCGGGCUGGAUCACCAGGACCACUAUCUGGAAAGCCAGGGUCAACAAAAUCAAGACCAACAGACACAAGAACAGCAAAAAGAAAACCAAGAGACAGUAGAUCACAUCAAUCAAGAACCAGUUCAGCAACAUGAGCAGCAAACGGACCAUCACGAAGAGGAACAAGAGAAUGAAGACGAUAUAAAUACCUCGAUUUUACAUCCACCUCAAUCUAACCAGAGCUUUACUACUCCACUGAAGUCGUUGCCACCUUUGAAAGAUAUCGAGCCAAUAACUACUCCUAAGGCUUUCAGUGUUGCAAAGGAUAGUGAUAUUAAUGCCCCAAAUGUAUCUAGUUCACCUCUUAUCACCCAUAAGAAUACAAAUAUGGAUUUGGAACGAGAUGAGGAUUAUCCAAAUGUCAACAACACUGUACAUCAGGAGAAUGGCAAUGAGGAUACAGAGAAAUCUGUUGUUCGUGCAUUUUUAGGUGUUAAUCAACAAGACUUGAAUUCGUUCAGUGUAGAAGUCAUCAGUAAAUUACACAAGAAAUCCAUUGAAUUUCAAGAAUUGAAGUCGGAUAAUGAAUUUUUAAAGAUAAAUCAAGAACAAGCCAUACUGAUACAAAAUAAGAAGUCUAAGUUGGUGAGUCUGAAAUUAGAUAAGCUUGAUAAGCAGAAUGCAAUAUUGAAACAGGAAAGAGAUACAUUGUCUAAUGAAAAAGAAAUCCAAAUUAAGACCAUCAAUGAAUUAAGAGAUGAAAAUACUGCAAUAAGGAAUAAAUUAUCCGAAAUCGAGCUUCAGUCUAAAAAGUAUGAUUCAAACUAUUCUGAUCAGAUUGGGGAAAGAGACCAAGAAAUCUUAAAGCUAAAUGAUUCGUUGAACAAAUUAACCAAAACAAAUAUAGAACAAAAUCAAAAGAUAAAUGAAGUGAUUAAGGAGCUUAAUGAUACUAGAAACGAAAAAUUCUCAUUAAAACUAGAAACCAGUAAGCUUUCUAAUGAAAUUUCAUAUGUUAAGAAUCAAAGAAAGUGGUAUGAAGAGGAAUUGAAAUCUGUUCAACAAAGAUUCACCGAUUUAAUAAAAAAACAUGAAACAGAAUUUUUAAUGAGAUCUAACAAGUUAUCUAGUUUAACAACUAAGAAUGAAACGUUAGAACGAUUAAAUAAAUCACAAGCAGACCAUAUUAAUGCGUUACAGAAUGAUUUGGAAAAAGAAAUAUCGAAGGCUUCAUCUUUAGAGUCCAAGCUUGAAAUUGAGAAAAUCAAGAUAAGCAAAGAAUUGAAGAACAAAGAAGAAUUAUUAGAACUAACCCAAGUUCAAUCAUCUCAAAGAAAUGAAAGGAUAGGUCAACUCGAAUCAUACAUUGAUGAAAUCAAGAAUAAGUUAGGAGAAUCUAUUAACGCGUUGGAAACCGAUUUAUUUAAGAAGAAUGAAGCUAUCGUUGUUUUAGAAGAGAAACUAAGAAGAACUGAAGACGUUUUGGAUAAAGAAUUGCAUAAGGAAACUGAAUUGCCAAAAUUAUCUGUAUCUGCAGAAAUGAUUUCAUCUACAAAAACGGAUGGCAUAUCUUUGUCGUCGUUAUACUCCGAAUAUAAUCAUUUAAAGAAGCAAUUGGUGUUAGAAAGAUCUCAAAAAGAAAGAUUAGCAAACCAAUUGGAGUCUUUUGUAACAGAAUUAGAAUCAAAGAAACCUAUAAUUGCGAACUAUUCUGAUCAAAUCAAAUUUUAUGAGAACUCCCUCCAGGAAAUGAUCGGUAAAGUCGAGUCAAUAAGGUUAGAAAAAUUAGAAGGCGAGAAGGAGUAUAAUAAGUUGAAAUCAAGACUUGCCGAAUACAAUAAUGACUUGGUCUCAAUGAAAAAAUUAUGCAAGGACUUGGGAAAACAAUUGUGUUAUUACCUUAUACACUCAAAGAUCAGGGAUAGUAACGAAGAUCCACUUACCUUAGCGGAAAGAAAAGCUAUUGAAAAUAUUUUAGAAAGAAGUGGUAAUAAUGAUGGUUUGAAAGAGAGUGAUACUGACCAAUUAAUUUCUGAUAGACUAGUCGGUUUCGCAAACAUAAUAGAACUUCAACAAAAAAAUGAAGGUCUUCUUACAGUAGUUAGGCAAUUAGGCAAGAAAUUAGAAAGUAAAGAUGAUGAUUUCAACGGCGGUUUGGAAUCGGCUGCAAUUGAUGAAGCGAAAGAAGCAAUUUUAACCUUAGAGAAUGAACUUGAUAGCGUCCACAUUAAAUUAGAAGCAGUAUCUAAAGAAAGAGAUGUUUUCAAAUCAAUGGUUGACUCUACUACUAAUAAUGGGCCUAGAGGUGAAUUUAAGUAUUUGGCUGACGCGAAUAAUGACCUCAAAGCUAAGCUACACGAAACCGAGAAGAUAUUGAAAGAUUUGCAAUUGCAGUCAAGUACUGCACUCAAGGAGUUUAAUGAUAAGCUAAGAGAGACAACUAAUAGCAAGAAUGAAUUGAUUUUAAGUUUGUCAUCUAUGAAACAUUCAGCCGACUUAGCAGAGGCUAGGUUUUCGAAUUCUCAGAAAUCCUUAGCAAAUGCCCGUGAGGAAAUCGAUCAAUAUAAAAAGGACAUUCAAUUCUGGAAGAAUCAAGCAUCAAAGCAAGAGACCUUGCUUGUUAAUAAAUCUAAUGAAUUAAAAGAUGUUGAGAAUAAGCUAAAUGAAGAACGUUUGGUUAUAAAUAACUUGAAUACCCAGAAAGAAAUGUGGCACCUGUAUCAAAAAACAAUGAAUGACGAUAUAGUGCAACUUAGAUCUGACAAAUCCCAUCUCAAUGAAUUUGUUGUAAAUUUACAAUCAUUAUUAAAAGAAAGAGAGACAUCGAGUAAAGAAUUAUCUAACAGACUUGCACAAUCUAUUGAAAAUUAUCAAACUUUACAGGACAAACUUUCUGAAAAAGAAGAAAGAAUAUCAAUUUUAACCAAUCAAUCACAGUUAGCAUUGAGAGCCCAAAAUUCCAAGUUAGAACAAAUUAAUGAGCUUAACCAAGCAUUACUGGAUUACAAGAAUAAAAUAGCCGAAAAGAAUUCAUUGAUUGAAAAUUUGACUCGAAAAGCCGAAGAAUUAGAGGACUCACAUUCCUCAACAAAUACCCUACAGGGAUUUAAGAACCCAUCUAUACAUAGUGAUCAUCCUAACCAAUUAAGCGAGAACUAUGAAAAGGAAUUAGAAAGAACUAGGAAUGAUUUACGUAUCGCCGAGAGUCAAGUUUCUGAAUUUUCAGACUUGGCUAAAGCUGCUGAACUUGCAUUAACUAACUCGACUAAUACAUUCGAAAACUAUAAGACUGAGUGUGAAAGUAAGCUUGAUAGCCUAUUGAAAGAAAAGGAAUUGUUGAAGUCUGAACUUGAUAACUACUCCCGCUUACUCAAUCAAUCUAAGCAAGAAACAAUUGAUAUUGAGAAAAAAUAUCGUACUGAAGCUGAAGAGUUCAAGUUGAAGAUUGAAGAAUCAAUAAUGAAAGCUAAUGCAUAUGAUGAUUUAAAAAAGGACUACGAACUUAAAAUUCAAUCUGUAACUAGAGAUAUGGAAAGUCAGUCGAAGAUUUCUAGCGAAAAUCAAAAGAAAUAUCGCGAUGAAUUACAGAGGAACAGUGAAUUAACAAACGAAGUAGAUAUUUUGAAGAACAAAUGUGAUAAUCUUGAAACCAACGUAAGCCAAUUGACAACCAAAUUGAACUCAACACAGAUUCUUUUGGAUAAGAAAAAUGAAUCAAUAGAAGAAGAAAAGCAAAGUUUUCAUGAUGAGCUAGUUUCUUCUAGGCUCAAAGUGAAGGAUUUACAGGAUCAAAAUAAUGUCUUAUUAAAUCAGUUGGAGUUAUCCAAGUUGGCGGGUACCUCAGAUGUAUCUGAAACAUCCUCUAAUGAUGAUUUGAGGGAAGUAGUAUCAUAUUUGCGCCGUGAGAAGGAUUCUGCAGAGGCAAAAUUGGUUUCUUAUACUGAAGAUCACCAAAGACUAGAACAACACUUAAAGCAAGUAACUUCAGAAUUAGAAGCCACGAAAUCUGAGUUAUCCAGAUUACGGUCAAAUAUCAAUGUAACUGAUGGUAAUAAUAAAGAACAUAAUCGCUUGUUAGACCAAUUACAGCAGUUGAAUAUUUUGCGAGAAAGUAAUACUACCUUACGUAAUGAGAAUGCAGUUAAUAUUCAACGUAUUUCAGACUUGGAAAAUGAGUUACAAUCUGUGGCGUUAAAGUUAGAACCAUUGGAGAAGAAGAUAUCUGAGUUAUCGAUGCAAAAUGAAGUUAAAGAGCAAACGAUAAGGUUAAUCAAGGAAGAAAAUGAAAAGAAUAGAUCACAUCUUGAAUCUAACGCUGGUCGUGAUGUCGCAGAAUCAGAGGUAGAAGAUAUCAAAGCUAUGAAACAAAGAUUUACAAAUCUCAAAAAUGAAUUUCAGAAUAAGCUUCUGGCCCAUAGAAGUAAAACUAAAGAAUUGGAAAAAACAGUUGAGUCAUUAAAGGUUGAAUUAGCAAAUUCCAGAUCUGAUAUGGAAAGAAAUAAUGAAGCUAUGCAGAAUGAAAAAAUUAGUGAUACUUCUAAUGAAAUAGCUAGUGUGCACGAAAGUUACAGUCUACUAAAGAAGGAAUCUGAAGAUAGAAUUAAAUCUUUAGUGAAGGAGAAAGAAUCGCUCGAAAGUACAUUGCAAAGUUUGAAACUGAAGAUUGAUAAUUUAGAAUCAGGAAAUUCGAAUAAAAAGUUCGAAGAACAAUUGCAUAAUUUGAAAGCUCAAUUUGAAAAUGAAAAGGUUGAAUUAAGAAAGAAAAUUGAAGAUGAAUUUGACCAAAGAUUGAAGGAAGAAUUAGCUAAGGUUAAUAAAAUCGUUCUUGAUAACCAGAAGAAUGAAAAGGAAGAUGAAACAAGAAUUAAAUUGGAGUCGGAAUUUGAAGAAAAGAAUGCUGAAUUAGAAAAGAAAUUCCAAGAAAGACAGUCUCAGUUAGAACAUGAGUUAAGAGAAAGAUUCGAACGAAAUUUGAAAGAAAAAGUGGACGAGGAAGUUUCAAGAAAAAUGACAUCUGGCGAAACAAAUGGAGAUACAAAUCAUGUACGGGAUGAAUUAUUAAAACAACAUGAAGUAGAAAUCUCUAAGUUAAAACAAGACUUCGAUGCCCAAUUAAACCAAGCUAAGGAAGAUGUUAAGAACGUAACAGAAAAAAAGUUUGAGAUCAAAUUAAGAAUGCUAAACAAAAAAUUAGAUAAGUUAGAAGGAAAUCGCUUAAAGGAUCUGUCUGUUCUGCCCUCUAAUAAUACAUCUACUGAUGAAACCAAAAGAUCUUCAGUCUCAUCUCUUCCAGCUACACCAAAUUUGACUCAAGAUUCCGCGCAGUCCCCAACAGGUCAAGAACGACCUAAAUUACCUUUAGGUCAUCAAUUCACAGAAUCCACUUUAACAGUCCAUCGCCCUUCCAUUGACAGAAGUAAUCUGUCGAGUAAAACAGUGAAUACUCAAAAACCUACUGUGGAAAAACUGGGACAAAAGCGUCCUAUGGUAAACAAAAAUCAGACCACAAAUAAGAGGACAAAAGAAUAA